ACAAAAACCAAGAGAGGCUGUUAAUUGCUUUGCAUUGCCAGUCCUUAACAAAAAAUGGCUUCAUUUUCCUUUCCCAUUACCACUACUGCCUUUGUUCUCUUUCUUCUAAGUCUCACCUCCAAUAUGUUCAACAACUUAGCAGCCAAACAUGGUCAUAAAACUUCCCUUCACCACCACCAAAACAGCCAUUCCUCCUCCAUUAAGUCCAUAACAAACACCAGGCUGCAAAAAGCCUACAUUGCUCUCCAAGCUUGGAAACGCGUUAUCUACUCUGAUCCAAACAACAUGACCACCAAUUGGAUUGGCCCUUCAGUCUGCAACUACACUGGCAUUUAUUGCACGCCAUUCCCAAAUGACACUAAAAUCCAAGUUGUUGCUGGUAUUGAUCUGAACCAUGCUGAUAUAGCUGGUUUCCUACCUGAAGAACUCGGCCUUCUCAAUGACUUAGCAUUGCUGCACCUAAACAGCAAUCGCUUCUGUGGAAUCCUUCCACUCUAUUUAUCCAAUCUUACUCUCUUACAUGAGCUUGAUCUCAGCAACAACAGAUUCGUAGGACCUUUCCCAAAUCUCGUGCUCUCUCUUCCUUCCUUAAAAUAUCUUGAUCUUCGCUUCAAUGAAUUUGAAGGGCCCUUGCCUUCUCAACUCUUUAGUAAGGAUCUCGAUGCUAUUUUUGUUAACAAUAAUCGUUUAACUUCCAUGAUCCCUUCAAAUCUAGGAUCAAGCACAGCUUCUGUUGUUGUUUUUGCCAAUAAUUAUUUUGGAGGAUGCUUACCACCUAGCAUAGCCAACUUUGCAAACACUUUGGAAGAAUUGCUCCUUAUUAAUACUAGCUUAUCAGGGUGUUUGCCUCCUGAAGUUGGAUUCUUGUACAAGUUAAAAGUUCUAGAUGUGAGCAACAAUAAGUUAGUAGGGCCAAUACCUUAUAGUAUUGCUGGAUUAGCUCAUUUAGAGCUACUAAAUUUAGCACAUAAUAUGAUGAAUGGAAUUGUGCCAGAAGGAAUCUGUGUCUUGCCUAAGCUGUCAAAUUUCACAUUCUCUUAUAAUUAUUUUUGUGAGGAGCAAGGAAUUUGCAGCAACUUGACAUCAAAGGGUAUAGUGUACGAUGAUCGUCGGAACUGUUUGCCAGAAAAGCCUCUUCAGAGAAGCAAGAAGGAAUGUGACCCUGUGGCUGAGCAUCCCAUAGACUCUUUUGCACUUCAUUGUGGCACUUGAUUUUGGUAUUGAGUUGGUUCUGCUGAUAAUGUGACUUAAUACUAGAUUUCGAGUUUUCUUUUAUUUUAUUUUCAAAUUUAGUAGCUAAUGUGAUAAAAAGGAAAAGAAGUGUUAUGGUCUAAUUUAAGGAAUAAUAUCAAUAGUAAAUCUGUAAAUAUGGUGUGUGAUGAAGUUUCCUAUAUGUUGGUAGUUUAACUGUGAUACUACUUAUUUGUAUUGUCCCAAAGAAUGAUGAUUCUCAGACUUGAAAAUCUUUAUCAUAAUCA